AUGCGAAUUAUCUCGGUAUCUCCAAUUCCAACUGCCUCCGUGUUGAAUCUCACGCCGGCACACCAAAACCACCUGAGUUUACUUCUCCGGGACUCACUGAGUCAAAUGGGAGGCGAGUUGCGUUACGAGAUCGAGCAAAACGCGUACAUCAAGCUGGUCCUCCAUGCUCUGAAGCACAAGACCUCCGCCGUCAAUGGCGUCCUCCUCGGCCGCUUCUCCGGCGAGGACACAUCCAACCCGGUCGUCGAAGUUGUCGACUCCGUCCCUCUGUUCCACUCCCAGAUCGGCCUUCUUCCUCCUCUUGAAAUUGCCCUAAUUAUGAUAGAGGAGUAUUAUGCUUCUCAAGGUUUGAGUAUUGUUGGUUAUUUUCACGCCAAUGAGAGAUUCGAUGAUUUCGAGCUUGGUAAUGUCGCUAAGAAUAUUGGUGAUCACAUUAAUCGAUAUUUCCCCCAAGCUGCUCUUCUUUUGUUAGAUAACAAAAAGCUGGAGGCUUUGGCAAAGGGGAAGGAUCGGAAUCCCGUGAUGCAGCUUUACACGAAGGAUGCAACUAGAAGUUGGAAGCUUGUUGGAUCAGGUGGGGGCAACCAGCUGAGCAUCAAGGAGCCAUCAGCUAAUAUUCUCCUAUUGGAUUACAUUUCAUCCGAGAAAUGGCAGGAUAUUGCAGAUUUUGAUAACCACCUUGAUGACAUUAGCAAGGACUGGCUAAACUCAGAACUCUUCAAGUGAUAUUAUUCACGGUUGUAAGCAAUUUUGGUGCUGUUAACAAGUGGUGGUACCUGCUUAUUCUUUUCUCAGUUGCUAAUGCUGAGAUUCUUGAUGACCAACUGCCCACAGACAAAGCUAAAAUGUAACCAAGAUUAAUCAUGUGAUCUUGAGAUUGUAAUUUUGGGGUGACUUUAGGUAUUGUAUCAUUUAAAUGAUGUUUCCCCUAGGUAUGACAAUUUAUUUGGAUAGGAACUUGGAAUUUUCUAUGUUGAACCUUGAAGUUUCCAGGAUCUGUGGUGGAUUGAUAAACUACUCUGUCUGAAUGUUUUGCACCGUCUCUUCUGCUGUUGAAUUGGACACAGAAUAACUCAAAUGAACAUUAAUUGUGUGAUGACAGUUUGUGUUAUUGGUCAACGCCAUUCUAAGGAUGAAAGUUAUGUGAUGAUGG